GGAGGAGAGACCGCCUGAGGCCGACGGCCAGCGAGGGGUCCAUGGUCGUAUGCGUAGCAGCUGGGCGGCCGCCGCCCCGCGGCUGCGCCUGUCGCGAGGUCCGCGGUCGGAGCUUCUGCCAUGGCGGCGACGUGCCCGCGGGCCAAGUCGGUCGACGUCGACGUGCUGUACUGCUGGACGUCGGGGGGCGCCAUCGGUGGAGCUCGAUGUACACAGGCUGUGGUGUACACGGGUGGUUGGUGCGCCGGUGGCGCCGACGCACACCGGCGGACGCACGCCGCGGGGCCGCCGUUGCCGUCACCCUCCUGCCCGACAUCCCCCGGGGAGCGACUGCAUCCCAGGAUGAGCAGCACCAUGAGCCUCGGCAGACGUCGCGCCCUGCUUCCCAGCGACCUGCCCCGCCUGCCCCCGGGCGACCUGGCGGACGCGCUGCGGCUCGGGGCGGCCUCCUCGUCGGAGCCCGUCGCGCUGCUGGCGCUGGCGCGCCGGCAGCGGCGCGCCAUUUGUGCAGCGGGCGCCGCCAUGCUCCUGUACGUGCUGUGCGCGACGUGCAGCCCAGCGCUGCUGGUCAUCCUCCUGCUCUGCGUGGAGAUGGGCUCUGGGCGCGAGGAGGACUCCAGAGCCACCGCUCGCGCCAUGGGGCUGCCCACUGGCUGGACGUCCGCAGGGGCGAUGCCGUCGUGGCUGGCCGUGUAUGUCGGCGUGCAGGUGCUGGCCGCCCUGGCCAACCACUGGCAGCUGCACCAGGCUUACCACGCUGGCCAGCGCCUCCGCGCGCAGCUGGUCCUUGCCGUUUUCCAGAGGGCCCUCGCGCUGGAUCCCUGCCAGAGGCCACCCUCCGCACAGGUGGUGAACCUGAUGGCCACCGACGCGCAGAAGUUUCUGGAGGCGCUCCCGUUCCUGCACAACGCCUGGGCCAUGCCUCUCCAGAUAAUCCUCUUUAGCUUCUUCCUGCUGCGUCUGGUCGGCAGUGCGGCCCUGCUGGGCAUCGGGCUACUGGUCGUGCUAGUCCCAGUCGCCCAACAGUGCGCGGCGUUUAUCGGUCGGUGCAGAAAGAAACACAUGGCCGUCGCCGAUCAGCGCAUGUGUCUGUGCCUGGAGCUGCUGCAGGGCAUCAGGUGCGUCAAGUAUUUUGCCUGGGAGAGGCCGUACUUGGCCAGGGUUUUCGACAAGAGGUCGGAGGAGCUACACUGGGCCAUGCGGGAAGCCCUAAUGUUCUCGCUGUCCCUGAUCUUGACCGUAAUGUGCCCCGUCUGCUCCUGGGCCUUAACGCUGCUCGGGUACAUCCUCAUGUACGGGGGAGGCGACCUCACAGCGUCGCGAAUGUUUGGCACGCUCGCGCUCAUCAACGGCCUGCGGUUCCCGAUCAUGGACCUCGGGGCGAUCAUAGCCACCAUGGUCUCGCUGAAGACGUCCUGGCACCGCCUGCAGGGACUUCUGAGUCGACCCAUCGCACAGGCCCCCCCUGGUGGCCCCGCGGCCCCACACGCAGGCGCGCUCCUGUCGCUGUGCAGCUGCUCCUUCGGGUACACGGGAGCAGGCCCCCAGCGGGUGCGAGCGGUCCUGCAGGGGGUGGGCUUCUCCGUGCGGCGCGGGGAGCUCGUGGUGGUGGCCGGCAGGGUCGGCAGCGGAAAGUCCACGCUGCUGCAGGGGGUGGUCGGGGAGGCGGUGCUCACGUCGGGCAGGAUGCGUGUCGACGGGCCUGUGGCGUACUGUCCCCAGCUGCCAUGGGUACUCAACGCCACCGUUCGCGACAACAUCCUGUUCGGCGCCGAGUUCGAUGCGGAGUGGUACGACCGGGUCGUCGAUGCAUGCUGCCUCGAGGUGGACCUGCGCCAGAUGGAGAACGGCGACCUCACGGAGAUCGGCGAGCGCGGCGUGACCCUCAGCGGCGGCCAAAAGCAGCGCGUGGCCAUGGCGCGCGCCGCCUACCAGCGGCAUUGCGGGCUGGUGCUGCUCGACGACGUCUUCUCGGCCCUGGACGCGCACACCAGCCAGCGUGCGCUCGGGGCGCUGCUCGGCAGGGAGCGCGGGCUUCUGCGGGACCGCGCCGUGGUGCUCGCGGCGCACGGCUGCGCGGCGGAGCGGCACGCGCAGCGCCUGGUGCGCGUCGGGGCAGACGGCGCCGCGGUCGUUGUCGAGGGCGUCGGCGAUGCCGAGCCCCCGCCGCCGCUUGCGCCGCCCUCUGCGGCCCACGAGGAGGACGGGGAAGCGGCACAGCACCAGCCCGAAAAGCGGCGCAGCGGCUCCGCGGCGAAGCCGCUCAUGCGGUUGGAGGAGCGCGCCACCGGGGGCGUGUCGUGGAAGUGCAUCUGGGCGUACGUUCGCGGCUGCGGCGGUCCCGCGUGGGUGGGGGGCUGUGUGCUCAGCGGCCUUCUGGAGCGCGGGUUCAUGAUCAGCCAGGACUUCUGGCUGGCCGAGUGGACGAGCAACAGCCCAGACGACGACGAGGUGGCAUACUACUACCUUGCGUACAUCGGGAUCGUCACCAUCACGGCGUUGUUUACUUCGCUGACCCGAGUUCUGAUCGGCCUCUACUCCGUCUGGGCGGCCAAGGCACUCUUUGACGCCAUGGCGCUGCGCGUGGUGCGCGCGCCCAUGGGUUGGUGGGACACCACGCCGCUUGGGCAGGUGCUGAACCGUUUCAGCUUCGACACCGACAACAUCGACAGCACACUGGUCACCAAAAUGGUGCCGGCCACGGUGUCGAUAAGCUGGAUCCUCGGGGGCGUAGUUGUCAUCUGCCGGGUGCUCUGGCCCUACUCGCUGGCGGUGGUGCCAGUGCCAGUGGCCAUGUACGUGUGGCUUCUCCAGUUCUCGCGCAGGUCCAUCCGCGAGCUGCAGCGGCUCGACGCCCUCUCCCGCAGCCCACUGCAGUCAAUCUUCGCGGAGACGCUCCAGGGCAUCUCCAGCGUCCGAGCCUACCGCUGCCAAGAUCGCUACCUGCUGCGCCUGUCGGAGUGCGUGGACGCGAACUCGGCGGCCGUGCUGGCGUUCAACACUGCCUCCAGGUGGCUCGGCGUGAGGCUGGAGAUGCUGGCGGCGGCCAUCACGGCCUCGGCCGGCGCCGGGUGCUGGCUGCUCCGGGACCGCCUGCCCCCCGGCCUGGUGGCGGUGUGCUUCCUCUGGUGCGGGAGCCUCGCCAUGAGCCUCAACUUCAACUGCAUGUUCUGGAGCCAGUGCGAGGCCGCCUUCACCUCCGUGGAGCGGGUCGCGCAGUACAUCUCCGGCCCGCCGCUGGAGGGCGCCCACGCCGACCUCGACGCCUGGGCCGCGAGCGCCGCGGCCCCCGCGCGCGCGGCGGCGGGCGCGAGCCUCGCCGCCGGGGCGGGUGCCGCCGGCGGGCCCUGCCUGAGCCUCCGGGGCGUGUCGCUGCGGUACCGCGAGGGGCUCCCGCUGGUGCUGCGCGGCGUCUCGCUGCAGGUCGGCCGCGGGGAGCGGGUGGCCGUGGUGGGGCGCACGGGCGCGGGGAAGUCCUCGCUGGCGGUGGCGCUCUUCCGCCUGGCGCCGCUGGCGGGCGGCCAGGUGCUGCUGGAGGGCGUCGACCUGGGCGCCCUGCCGCUGGACGUCGCGCGCAGGUCCGUCGGCAUCAUCACGCAGGACCCCGUGGUCUUCAGCGGCACUGUGCGGUACAACCUGGACCCCUUCCAGGAGUACGGGGACGACGAGUGCCUGUCGGCGCUGCAGCAGGCACAGCUGGGGCAGACCCUGUCGCUCGACUCCCCCGUGGACGAGGGAGGGGGCAACCGCUCCGUGGGCGAGCGCCAGCUGCUGUGCCUCGCCCGCGCGCUGCUCCGUCGCCCGCGGCUGCUCUUCUGCGACGAGGCCACCGCCUCCGUGGACGCCGAGACGGACGCCUGCGUGCAGCGCUGCCUGCGCGCGGUGUCCGCGCGGCGGCCCUGCGCGCUGCUGACCGUGGCCCACCGCCUGGCGACGGUGGCCGACUACAACCAGGUGGUGGUGCUCAGCGCGGGCCAGAUCGUGGAGGCGGGCCCUCCCGCCGAGCUGCUACAGAGGCCCGGCGGCGCCUUCGCGCAGCUCGCCUCCACGGCCGGCGGCUUCGGCGCCAGCGGCCCGCUGGCCGCCGCCGCCUCGAGCGGCCCCGCGGGCGCCGUGGGCGAGCCGCUCGCGGCGACGGCGCGCCGCGCCGCCGCGGCGGCGGAGCCCGCGCCGCCGCGGUGCGCG